AACAGAACCUGCACUUCACCGCUUGGUAAGACUAUUGUACCUAGAGUGCCUAGCUACAACAAGCUCCACAAAACGUACACACGGCGUCCAGCGCGUGAGAAUCCAAAUAUAAAGCUCUCGUCGCUUGCCUGUCUCAAUUGAACCAAAGGGACAAAAAACACAACUAGGUACCAACAAGGAAGAAACAAUGGCCGAGACUACGCUUGAGAACGGCGCGACGAUACGUCAUGCGAGGAGAGACGACGUUCCCACGAUCCUCGCCCUCAUAAAAGACCUCGCAACCUACGAAAACGCGCUCUCGAGCGUCGAAGCCACCGAAGAAACCCUCUCCCGCACCCUCUCCUUCGAAGAAACCAACACCUCCGCCUUCACACCCGGCUACGCGAAGACGCUCCUCCUGACGGACCCGGACAGCCGCGAAGUCGCGGGGCUUGCGGUCUACUUCUACAACUUCAGCACGUGGACGGGCGUCCCGGGGAUCUAUCUCGAGGACCUGUAUGUGCGGGAAGCGGACAGGAAGAAGGGGUACGGGAAGGCGUUGAUACGGGCACUGGCGAGGGAGGUGGUGAAGGUGGGAGGGAAGAGACUCGAGUGGAGUUGUUUGGAUUGGAACGAGAGUAGUUUGAAGUUUUAUGAGGGGCUAGGGGCGAAGAGGAAGGGGGAGUGGGUUGGGUUGAGGGUUGAGGGGAGGGAGUUGGAGGAGAUGGGAGCGCAGCUCUGAUGUUGAUUCAGUUUUGGUGUGGGUUAGUCUAU